ACAACAUCAAUCCUUAUCUACUGUAUAUUACACAUUAACAGAUACAACAGCAGCAGCCUCUCAUUCCCGGGACUGUGACUCCCGCCCAUCUGCUGCCUAUAACAGUAUUACAGGGAGGUUCUCUGCUCCAUCCACAGUCUCUGCCCCUGUGCUCUGUCUCCUCCACACAGUAACAUCUCACCCAUCACUCCGGCGGCACAGCUGCUCUGCGCAGGGGGACAUCACACAGGCGGAGGAUAAGAAGCGCUGCACAUAGAACAUGGCGAGUGAGCAGAACGGUGCAGUGACUGGCAUGGCUGAUGGCCAGGAGGAUGUUACAGUGACCAUCACAGACCCCAAUGGCAAGAGCAAGAAGAAAGGAUUUUUCUCCAAGUUUAAAAAUAAAGAGAAAAAAGAGAAACCAAAAUUAGUCAGCCCCUUCACCAUGUUCCGAUACUCUGGAGGCGUGGACAGACUGCUUAUGAUUGUUGGAACAGCUGCAGCAAUGUUGCACGGGGCGGGCCUGCCGCUCAUGAUGCUGGUGUUUGGCGAAAUGACGGACAGCUUUGUCAGCGCUGGUCAAAAUAUGUCAAUGGAAGCUAUGAUGAAUGCAUCUGUCGAUUUACAGGACAAAAUGACAACGUAUGCCUACUAUUACACGGGGAUAGGGUUUGGAGUGCUUCUUGCUGCUUAUAUCCAGAUAUCAUUUUGGUCAUUGGCCGCUGGCCGGCAGAUAAAGAAAAUCAGAACUCAUUUUUUCCAUGCGGUGCUGAGGCAGGAAAUCGGCUGGUUUGAUGUAAAUGAUGCCGGAGAGCUGAACACGAGGCUGACAGAUGACGUCCAAAAAAUCAAUGACGGCAUUGGUGACAAAAUCGCUAUGCUGAUCCAGUCAUUGACUACUUUCCUGACCGGCUUUAUUCUUGGGUUCGUUAGAGGCUGGAAGUUGACCUUAGUUAUUUUGGCAAUUAGCCCGGUCAUGGGGCUCUCAGCUGCUAUCUGGGCAAAGAUAUUGUCAUCGUUCACCAAUAAGGAGCUGACGGCUUACGCCAAAGCUGGAGCUGUUGCUGAGGAGGUUCUUGCUGCUAUUCGGACUGUCAUAGCUUUUGGUGGACAAAAUAAAGAAAUUGUCAGGUAUGAAAAGAAUUUAGAAGAGGCCAAAAGGAUAGGCAUCAAGAAGGCCAUCACAGCUAAUGUGUCCAUGGGAUUUGCUUUCUUAAUGAUAUACGCCUCCUACGCAUUGGCGUUCUGGUAUGGAACCAGUCUGAUUGUGGCUAAAGAGUACACUAUAGGAAAUGUGCUCACAGUAUUCUUUUCCGUCAUCAUUGGAUCCUUCAGUAUAGGACAAACAUCGCCCAGUAUUGAAGCCUUUUCAAAUGCCAGGGGUGCGGCGUAUGCAGUAUUUAAUAUUAUUGAUAAUGUACCCAAAAUAGACAGCUUCUCCUCUGCAGGAUAUAAGCCUGACAAGGUGAAGGGGGACAUUCAAUUCAAAAAUGUGAAGUUCACAUAUCCAUCCAGACCUGAUAUUCAGGUAUUGAAAGGCAUAAACCUUACAGUCCCUACUGGUAAGACUGUAGCUCUAGUAGGGAGCAGUGGUUGCGGCAAGAGUACAACAGUUCAACUCAUCCAACGGUUCUACGACACUGAAGAAGGCUCGAUUACUAUUGACGGUGAGGACAUUCGGAAUCUGAAUAUUAGGUACUUAAGAGAGAUGAUUGGAGUGGUGAGCCAAGAACCCAUUCUGUUUGACACCACGAUUGCUGAGAAUAUCCGCUAUGGCCGGGAAGAUGUCACGAUGGAGGAAAUUGAACGAGCCACCAAGGAAGCAAAUGCCUACCACUUUAUCAUGAAGCUUCCCGACAAAUACAACACCCUUGUGGGAGAGAGAGGAGCGCAGCUGAGUGGUGGCCAAAAGCAGAGGAUCGCUAUCGCACGGGCGCUGGUUCGCAACCCCAAAAUUCUCCUACUUGACGAAGCCACCUCUGCGCUGGACACUGAGAGUGAAUCUGUUGUACAGGCAGCUCUGGAUAAGGCUAGGGAAGGCCGGACCACCAUCGUCAUCGCCCACCGCUUGUCAACAAUCCGAAAUGCAGACACUAUUGCUGGAUUUCAUGAGGGUGUCAUUGUGGAGCAAGGAAGCCACAGUGAACUCAUGAAGAGAGAAGGAAUUUACUAUAAACUGGUCACCAUGCAGACGUUAGAAGCAGAGAAAGAUGACCAUACAGACGUUAAAUCUAAAGAUAUGACAGAUUCACUUAAACGCUCUGACUCAAAACUAGUUAGGAGGAAAUCAAGUCGCUAUAGCAGUUUCAAGAAGGCAUCGAUGAAAGAAGAAGAUGUAUAUGAGGAAAUUGAUGACGAUAAAGAAGUGGUUGAAAAGGUGCCUCCAGUCUCAUUUGUCAAAGUGAUGAAGCUGAACAAGCCGGAGUGGCCGUACUUUGUGGUUGGAGUCAUUUGCGCAAUUAUCAACGGUGCCACACAGCCAGCGUUUGCCAUUAUAUUCUCCAGGAUUAUCGGGGUAUUUGCAGGUCCAGAGGAUAAGAUGAGAUCUGAAAGCAACAUGUUUUCCCUGUUAUUCUUGGCACUUGGUGGCGUCUCUUUUGUAACAUUUUUCCUUCAGGGAUUCACAUUUGGAAAAGCAGGAGAGAUUCUUACAAUGAGACUCAGACUGAUGACCUUCAAGGCAAUGUUAAGACAGGAAAUUGGCUGGUUUGAUGACAAGAAGAACAGUACCGGGGCUUUAACCACGCGGCUGGCUACAGAUGCGUCACAAGUCCAGGGGGCAACCGGAUCCAGGCUGGCGUUGCUUUCUCAGAACGUUGCAAACUUGGGAACUGCAACUAUAAUAUCUUUCAUCUAUGGAUGGCAGUUAACGCUGCUCAUCUUGGCGAUUGUCCCAAUACUCGCUGUGUCCGCACUGCUUCAGAUGAAGGCUAUUGCUGGGCAUGCAAAGAAAGACAAGGAGGAAUUGGAAGUGGCUGGAAAAAUCGCCAUCGAUGCUGUGGAAAACGUCCGCACUGUUGUCUCUCUAACACGAGAGAGGAAAUUUGAAGCCAUGUAUGAAGAUAAAUUAGUAAUGCCCUACAAGAAUAACAUUAAAAAAGCGCACAUUUACGGACUGACCUUCGGGCUGUCUCAGGCCAUCAUGUUCUUCGCCUAUGCGGGGUGCUUCCGUUUCGGUGCGUGGCUGGUAGCAAACGGACACAUGACUAUAGAUAAUGUAUUCCUGGUGUUCUCAGCCAUUGUCUUUGGGGCAAUGGCCUUGGGACAGACUAGUUCCUUUGCGCCAGACUACGCUAAAGCAAUGAUGUCAGCGGCUCAUAUAUUCCACCUGCUGGAGAAGGAGCCCCUCAUAGACAGUUACAGCACCGAUGGCCUCAAGCCUCCACAGUGUGAUGGUAACGUCACGUUCCGGGGGGUCCAGUUCAAUUAUCCAACCCGACCGGAUGUGCAGGUGCUUCAGGGACUGGACAUCAGUGUGAGGAAAGGGGAAACCCUGGCGCUAGUGGGCAGCAGCGGGUGCGGGAAAAGUACCACUGUCCAACUGCUGGAGAGAUUCUACGACCCACAAAACGGAGAAGUGAGUGUAGACAGCUGUGAUGUGAGGAGCAUGAACAUCCAGUGGCUCCGAGCCCAGAUGGGCAUUGUGUCCCAGGAGCCCAUGUUGUUUGACUGCAGCAUAGCGGAGAACAUUGCCUAUGGAGAUAACAGCAGGACGGUGCCACAAGAAGAGAUUGAACGAGCAGCCAUAGGUGCCAAUAUCCAGAGCUUCAUUGAAACCCUCCCGGAUAAAUAUAACACUCGUGUUGGAGAUAAGGGCACACAGCUGUCCGGGGGUCAAAAGCAGCGGGUCGCCAUAGCCCGAGCGCUUGUGCGUCAUCCCAAAAUCCUGCUUCUAGAUGAAGCCACAUCUGCUCUGGAUACAGAGAGUGAAAAGGUUGUACAAGAAGCUCUGGACAAAGCGCGGGAGGGCCGCACGUGUAUUGUGAUUGCCCACCGGCUGUCCACCAUCCAGAAUGCAGAUAAAAUAGCUGUGAUCCAGAAUGGGAAAGUCGUGGAACAGGGGACACAUCAACAGCUGCUGCAGCAGAAAGGGGUCUAUCACUCGCUGGUCACAAUACAGCUGGGACCCACAUGAGGUGGACACAUGGCCAGACGUUAUACUACCUGACAUAUCAGAGGACGGGUUACCUUUACUGAUGUGGAUCGUACAAUUGUUAAUCUAAGGCUGAUAAAGGGACCAGUUCUCUGGACACUCUUCCCCUGACAAACAGAACCAAGCAAAGUACAGAUCUCUCCUAUUACUCCAAAACUGAACAGCAAAAUGUGACACAGGUGAUGAUCUACAGAACAUGACAUUGGGAUAAAUUGAUUAUGUGAGUUCUAAUUUCUUCGGCAUGUAUGUGUUGACAGUAAGCAAGGUUGGCGGUGUAUAGGGAGGAGGAUAUUGAGAGUGCUGUACUGCAGAAUGUUGGGCCUAUCCUACAUGAUGGUUACAAAUGCCAAAAUACCAUAAAUAGAGAGUCACAGUGUUGCCAUUUUGUUCCUAAAAUUAUUGCAAUCCCUUAAUGUUUUGUAUACUGUUAACACAUUGGUGGUCAUUUCGAGUUGUUCGCUCGCUAGCAGUUUUUAGCAGCCGUGCAAACGCUAUGCCGCCUCCCACUGGGAGUGUAUUUUAGCUUAGCAGAAGUGCGAACGAAAGGAUCGCAGAGAGGUGGCAAACUUUUUUUGUGCAGUUUUAGAGUAGCUCAAUACCUACUCAGCGCUUGCGAUGACUUCAGACUGUUCAGCUCCUGUUUUGACGUCACAAACACACCCUGCGUUCGCCCAGCCACGCCUGCGUUUUUCCUGGCACGCCUGCGUUUUUCCGAACACUCCCUGAAAACGGUCAGUUGACACCCAGAAACGCCCACUUCAUGUCAAUCACUCUGCGGCCAGCAGUGUGACUGAAAAGCUUUGCUAGACCUUGUGUGAAACUACAUAGUUCGUUGCAAUAGUACGACGCGCGUGCACAUUGCGCCGCAUACGCUGCGCAGAAGUGCCAUUUUUUUACCUCAUUGCUGCACAGCGAACGAAUGCAGCUAACGAUCAACUCGGAAUGACCACCCUAGUACAGAUGGAGCCUUCUUUAUCUUUAAUGGAGAGCAUCUCUGUCCGCACCCCCGGACAGAGACGCUCUGAAUGGGAAGCGGCUCGUGCACUCCCAUUUGUAGCUACCUCUCCGUCUGGGGUUUUUUGUUUACCAUUUGAAUGAAGUUGUGUUAAACAAAUAAAAAAAUAAACUUAUCUUUCCUAGCAUUUGAAA